AUGCUCAGUAAUUGUGUGUCUCUUCAAUCACAAGAUUCCACAGUAAGUUCUGUGCGUGAGAAAUGCGUGAAAGAUCUGAGCGAUAUAGAAUUACGUGAAGAGUUGAUUGCACUCGGGUUUGCAAAACCUGGUCCCAUAACUGCCACCACACGGAACGUCUAUCAACGACUCGUUGAAAGACGUCGCCCGAAACCAUCGUCUGUUCAGCGAACGAAUUCAGUUCCGAUUAGCAGCCGAACCAGCAGUUGUUGCACAUCAAUCGAGGAUGGCAACUGUACGAAAAUCGUUAUUGGUUCACCGGAAGAUAAGAAAUCCGUAAUGCAACUAUCGUCAUCCCUAUCCGAAGUGGACGACGGUAACAGCGAGAACAACCAUACCAAGCGAUCAAGCAUGACAAAAAACUCUGAAGAAAACGUUAGCGAUGUCACUAAAGUCACAGCUAAUGAGGAGGAUGAUAAAAAUGAAACUCACAUCAAAGAUGGUGCCAUAACCGAAAGUGAUGCCAAAGAUACGGGUGAUGAUCACGUUAACAAUGAUACUGAUCACGACCGAGAUCAUGACGAUAAAGGCGCUGGUAACGCUGAUCGUGGGAGAGAUAAGUGUGAUGAGCAAAUCGAUAAUGAUGAUAGCUCAAAUGAUACGGGCAGUGAAAAAAGCGAAGACCAAUAUGAUGUGGAAAAGAUUCUUCGAAAACGUGUUCGUCGAAACGGGAAGGUGGAAUACCUGAUUAAGUGGAAAGGUUAUCCAGAAGAAGAUAGUACAUGGGAACCGGCUGAAAAUUGUGUGAGUGCACCUGAAGCAAUCAAAGCGUUUGAAAGUCGUGUUGCGAAGAAGGCGACGACGAAUAGGCAGACUGAACGAAGUUCUGACAGAAUGGAAGAGGCAACAACUUCUAAGAGGGAACUGCGUUCACGUUCAAUAACGAUAACCCCGAAACGUACAGAUAAAGAUAGUACUCUCCUCGAUGAGAAUAGAUCAUCUCCGGUGCUUUGUUCAAAGAAACGAAAACUUGAAGAUCUCGAUAACAAUAGUAAUAUGGGGAAGGAAAUCAAUAAAGUGCUGGCUUUGAAGAAACAUGCAGAUGGUUAUUUGUUGGGACUGGUGGAAUAUAGUGAUGGCUCUCACCGACUUGAAAGGACCACUGUUCUGCAGAGGAAAUGCACACAGAAAUUAUUUGAUUUUUACGAAUCGAGGAUUAUUUUUGAGCAAGACGAGAACGGUGAACAGAAACAGAAAACUUGA